AUGGGACAACGAGAGCCGACAAAAAAGGAAGUCCUCCUGCUUGGAAGCGGGGGAGUGGGCACCAUCGGCGCCCUAAAUCUUGAAGUCGGAGGACAAGCGAGUGUAACGGCGGUGCUAAGGUCGAAUUUCAAGGCUGUUACAGACAACGGCUUCAGCAUCACAUCCUGCGAUCACGGAAACGUCACUGGAUGGAGGCCUUCUCAUAUCGUUGGCCGCGUGCCAACCACCACCGAACAACAAUUUGAUUACAUUGUCGUGACCACCAAAAACGUCCCCGAUUGCCCUCCUACUGUCACAGACUUGAUAGGCCCUGCCGUGAUCCCUGGUCGUACAGUAAUUGUACUGAUACAAAACGGGCUCAACAUUGAAACUCCAAUUUUUGAGAGAUUUCCCGACAAUAUUUGCCUGUCGGGCGUCAGCAUGAUCGGCUCCCAUGAGGUCGCCCAUGGCGUCAUCGAGCAUGAAUACCCUGAUGAACUGAUUCUAGGCGCAUUUCACAAUCCUCGCUUAGAUGAGAAAACAGAAGAAGCAGCUGCCAGGGAAUUCAUUGAGAUGUACUCUGCCGGCGGGAAGACGGCGUGUACAUUUGCCGAAAACGUACCCUACAGCCGAUGGCGCAAGCUUAUCUACAACGCAUGCUUGAACUCUACAUGCGCUGUAACCGGCUUGGACACAGGACGCAUCAGAAUGGCCAAUGACACUGUCGCGGCCUUGGUCAGACCGGCUAUGGAGGAGAUUCGAGCGGCCGCAGCCGCCGCUGGUGUGCAAUUGGAAGCAGACAUCUGCGAUACAAUGAUUAAUCUGGACCCGUUGACAAUGUAUCUGUCACCAAGUAUGCUGGUUGAUGUCCAGAAGGGCCAUUUCACUGAGGUAGAAAACCUCGUCGGAGAGCCGCUACGGACAGGCACGGCAUUGGGAGUAGCUAUGCCGACUCUGUCGGUUCUUUACAGCUUGCUUAAGGCGAUGCAGUGGCGCACAAUGGAGAAAAGAGGACUGGUCACUAUCCCGCCGAGGACGGAAAGUUAA